CCGCACCGCACCGCACCGCACCGCACCGCACCGCUCCGCUCCGCUCCGCUCCGCUCCAUUCCCCGCCUGCCCUCCAGGAUGAGCCCGGAGUAUUUCCUGCGCUCCUUGCUGCUCAUCAUCCUUGCCACCUUCUCGGCCAACGCCAGCAACUGGCUGUACCUGGCGAAGCUGUCUUCAGUGGGGAGCAUCUCUGAGGAGGAGACCUGCGAGAAGCUGAAGGGCUUGAUCCAGCGCCAGGUGCAGAUGUGCAAGCGGAACCUGGAGGUGAUGGACUCGGUGCGGCGCGGGGCCCAGCUGGCCAUCGAGGAGUGCCAGUACCAAUUCCGCAACCGCCGCUGGAACUGCUCCACGCUGGACACCCUGCCUGUCUUUGGCAAGGUGGUGACACAAGGGACGCGGGAGGCAGCGUUCGUCUACGCCAUCUCUUCGGCAGGGGUGGCCUUCGCCGUGACCCGAGCGUGCAGCAGCGGCGAGUUGGACAAGUGUGGAUGCGACCGCACGGUGCAAGGCGGCAGCCCGCAGGGCUUCCAGUGGUCCGGCUGCUCUGAUAACAUCGCCUACGGCGUGGCCUUCUCACAGUCCUUUGUCGAUGUCCGGGAGAGGAGCAAAGGGGCCUCUUCCAACAGAGCACUGAUGAACCUCCACAACAACGAGGCGGGGCGGAAGGCGAUCCUGAACAACAUGCGGGUGGAGUGCAAGUGUCACGGCGUGUCAGGCUCCUGUGAGUUCAAGACGUGCUGGAAAGCCAUGCCCCCCUUCCGCAAAGUGGGCAACGUGCUGAAGGAGAAAUUCGACGGCGCCACCGAGGUCGAGCAGAGCGAGAUCGGCUCCACCAAAGUGCUGGUGCCGAAAAACUCCCAGUUCAAACCACACACGGACGAGGACCUCGUCUACCUGGACUCCAGUCCUGACUUCUGUGACCACGACCUCAAGAACGGGGUGCUGGGUACCAGUGGCCGGCAGUGCAACAAGACCUCCAAGGCCAUCGACGGCUGCGAGCUCAUGUGCUGCGGUCGGGGCUUCCAUACGGACGAAGUGGAGGUGGUGGAAAGGUGCAGCUGCAAAUUCCACUGGUGCUGCUCCGUCAAGUGCAAACCCUGCCAUCGGGUGGUGGAAAUCCACACGUGCCGGUGAUGCACGGAGGGGAGCAGCCGUCCCUUCCCCUCUCUAACUGACCCUGCUUCUCUCUUGCCCCGCGGCCAGGACUGAGGAAGUGACCCAGACACUGCGGGGAGAGCACAGCUCUAUACAGAGACAGAGCCCCAGAGGAAAACAGAUUUUAAAAGAAAGAAAAAAAAAUAUUUAAAGUUUUAAAAAAAAAAAAAAACAACCC